AUGCCCCACUUGUUUGUUCUUUCAACGCAGUACGGGAAGACAUUCUGGACGAGUGUGGCCGGUCGUGCCAUAGUAGUGUCGGCCGAUCUGGAAUUCCGCCGUUUCUUCCUCCAGCAAGACGGGAAGCUGUUUGACUUAUGGACUCUCGACUCAUUUGCAAAGCUUUUCGCACAAGAGAGCGAGGCCCGCUCCAACAUCCCGAACGUCCACAAGUACAUCCGAAGCACGGUUCUAAAAUACAUGGGGAUGGAGGUCCUCAGGGAGAAGUUGAUUCCCUUGAUGGAAGAAGCAUCUCGAGUGGCGAUAAAGAGUUGGUUAGGCCAAGAAUCCGUCGAUGUAAACUAUGCCACCGGAGCUAUGGCAAUUGAGUUCCUCGCAAGGCAAGUGUUGAGCUAUGAUCUUACACAGUCAUCGGAGAAGUUGGGCGAUUUGUUUCUCUCGUUUAUUCAAGGUCUCAUGUCGUUUCCUUUGAACAUACCUGGCACGACAUUCUACAGAUGCAUGAAGGUGAAGUGA